UGGCUUUCAUGCGCCAGACAAUUGCCCAGGCAGGCUCCCAGCGCUCAACCCAGCUGGGGAAGCCACCCUGGGGUUCUGAGACCAAUGCCAGCUGUUCUGUGGCACCACUGGGGACAGAGAGCAGGCCUCUUUUCACAUUUUAGUGACUUUUUCCCCCCUACUCUUGUCUGGGGGUCAAAGGAGAAACACCUGAGAAUGUCCUUGUCCCAGGCAGCAGAGAACCAGACCUCUUCCAGGGCUGCAGAUGACUACAGCAGCUGGUACAUCGACGAGCCCCUGGAGGACAAGGAACUCCAGCCAGAGGGGGAGGUGCCCUCCUGCCAGCCCAGUGUGCCACCUGCCCUGUGCCAUGCCUGCCUGGCUGUACUGUCGAUGCUCGUCCUGCUGCUGCUGCUCUGGCUGCUGUUGUGCCACCGGCUCCGGCCCGGCUCUGGGCGAGGAGGGCCUCGUCUGCCCAGCCCUGUGGAUUUCCUGGCUGGGCACAGACCCUGGGCCGUGCCUGCUGCUGUCUUCAUGGUCCUCUUCAGCGCCCUGUGCCUUCUGCUACCCAGUGAAGAUCCACUGCCCUUCCUGCCCCUCACCUACACACCUGGCCCAGGGCCCUGGAAGAUGCUGGCCCUGCUCUACUACCCUGUUCUCUACUACCCUUUGGCCGCCUGUGCCACAGCCAGGCACAGAGUUGCAUACCUGCUUGGGAGCGUGCUGUCCUGGGCCCACUUGGGCGUCCACGUCUGGCAGAGGGCUGAGUGUCCCCAAGCACCCAAGGUCUAUAAAUACUACUCCCUCCUGGCCUCCCUGCCCCUCCUGCUGGGCCUUGGCUUCCUGAGUCUCUGGUACCCAGUACAGCUGGUACAGAGCUCCAGCUGCAGGACAGGGACAGGCUCUGAGGGGCUGUGGAGCAGCGACACUGAGGAAUACCUGAAGAGCCUCCUAUGCCGGAAGAAGCCAGGAGGCUGGUCCUGCCACACCUCCAAGCAGGGCUUCCUGUCCCGGGCCUGGGACUGCUCCCAGCGCUACAUCUACACUCCGCAGCCAGGAUUCCGCCUGCCCUUGAAGCUGGUGAUUUCAGCCACCCUGACAGGGACCGCCACUUACCAGGUGGCUCUGCUGCUGCUGGCAAGCGUGGUUCCUGCUCUGCAGAAGGUGCGGGCAGGCAUCACCACGGACGUGUCCUACCUGCUGGCUGGCUUCGGGGUGGUGCUGUCUGAGGACAGGCAGGAGGUGGUGGAGCUGGUGCGGCACCAUCUGUGGGCGCUGGAAGUGUGCUAUGUCUCCGCCCUGACCCUGUCCUGCUUACUCAGCAUCUUGCUCUUGGUCCGCUCACUGGCCACACACAGGGCCAAUCUUCAAGCUCUGUACCGAGGGGCCACCCUGGACCUGGGUCCCCCAGCAAGGGGCAUACGCCCGUUCCGAAAAGCCAUCUUCUGCUGGAUGAGCUUCUGUGCCUACCAGUCUGCUCUCACCUGCCUUGGGCUCCUGGUACAGCAGAUUGUCUUCUUUCUGGGGACCAUGAUACUCACCUUCCUGGUGUUCAUGCCCUUGCUGCAUGGCAAAAACCUCCUGCUCCUGCGGUCCCUGGAAUCCUCCUGGCCCUUCUGGCUGCUCUUGGUCCUGGCUGGGGCCCUGCAGAAUGCAGCAGCCCAUUGGGUUUUCCUGGACACUCAGCAUGGAUACCCCAAGGUGACCAACAGACGAGUGCUUUGUGCAGCCACCUUCCUUCUCUUCCCCAUUAACAUGCUGCUGGGUGCUGUGGUGGCUGCCUGGAGAGUUCUGCUGUCUGCCCUCUACAACACGGUCCACCUUGGCCAGAUGGACCUCAGCCUGCUGCCUCCAAGAGCUGCCACUCUGGACCCUGGCUACCACACGUACCGAAACUUCCUGAAGCUGGAGGCUAGCGAGUCACACCCAGCUGUCACAGCCUUUUGUGCCCUGCUCCUGGGAGCACGGAGUCCCCGGGCCAGGGCCCGAUCCCCCGCAGCUGCUCAGAACAGCCUCCGGCCAGGAGAGGAAGAAGAAGGGAUGCAGUUGCUGCAGACAAAGGACCCCAUGGCCAAGGCAGCAGGGCUCCAUGCUGGCCGGAGCUGGGCCCGCUGGGGUGUGGCCUACACGCUGCUACAUAACCCAGCCCUAAAGGCCGCCCGGAAGACAGCCUUGGCUGGAUCCCGGACCAAUGGCUCCCGUAGCUGAGUGCCACCUGGCCCCUCACUUCCCCAACCCUCCUGCCCCACUCCAGGUGGGCAGCCCUCUCUUCUAGCCAGCUGGGUCAGCACAUUCAGUGCUGGAGACCAUGAGUCCUGGGGCCAGCAGGGGAUGGGGAUGGCUGAGUUUGGGGGGUCCUGAGAGCACCAGCCCAGGCAUGGAGGCAGUGUCUUGUGCUCAGCUUUGGUCCAGGAGCCAGUGGAGCAGGGGACCACGUGCCUGUCUCCCCUGCCUGGCUGGGCUACUAGCUUUGCAGGUACCCCUGAGGCCCCCUGGCGGGGCCUGUGAUUGGGGUCAGGACAGCUUGGCCCCCAACCUUGCAGCCUGAGCCUCAGUCCAGGCUCUACCUUCUGCUUCCCCACCCCACCUCACCUCUCCCCUCUCCUCCUGGUGGCCUCCAACUCCACUCCUUGGGUCCCCAAGGCAGCCCAGACAGAAGACCUGAGUUCCAGCCCCAGCAGCAGAACCACAACUUGAACCAGGCUCAGAGCUGAGCUGUGCCUCCUGAGAGCAGACACUUGGCAUUUCUUUGCCUUAGAGAUGAUGAGAGCACUGAACAUGUUCCUGGAAAUAAACCUGUCCCCAAGA